GGAGGGGAGACUGUCUCCAUUCUUUGUCUAAACCCCGCGGUACUACACGAUACUGGAGAGAAGGAUACAGCGACUCACCGAGAAGAAAACGAAUGGCUUGAGCGUGAGUCCUUUUUAGGGGAUUAAAUAUAGAAAAAAAAAGAAAAAACUCUCGAAGAUAGACAAGCGGAACGGCGUCGGAGUGAAGCAGAGGAGUUACAUCACAAGUACUUGUUUCACACAACUGGCAAACAAAGCGUGGCAGCAUCUCAAGGCGCUGCAGCCCUCGAUAGUAACAACCCAGCUCAAGUUUGUACUCCAACUUUUCAUCCAGGAGACAAAUCUGGGAUAAUCGCAGCUGAUCGACAGGCAAAAUGAGCUGGAGUUUCCUCACUCGUCUUUUGGAUGAGAUUUCCAAUCACUCCACAUUCGUGGGCAAAAUCUGGCUCACCCUUCUGAUUGUGUUUCGCAUCGUGCUGACUGCCGUCGGCGGAGAGUCAAUAUACUACGAUGAACAGAGUAAAUUUGUGUGCAACACAAAUCAGCCUGGAUGCGAGAAUGUGUGCUAUGACGCCUUUGCCCCCCUGUCGCACAUUCGCUUCUGGGUUUUUCAGGUGAUUAUGAUCACCACCCCCACCAUUAUGUACCUUGGCUUUGCGAUGCACAAGAUCGCCCGCAUGGAGGACGUUGAUUACCGGCCCCGGGGAAGAAAGCGCAUGCCAAUCGUGAGCCGUGGCGCCAACCGGGACUACGAGGAAGCGGAGGAUAAUGGCGAGGAGGAUCCGAUGAUCCUGGAAGAGAUCGAGCCAGAGAAGGAAAAGGAAGUUGAGGAGAAGCCCAGCAAAAAGCACGACGGACGCCGUCGCAUCAAACGAGACGGCCUCAUGAAUGUAUACGUGUUUCAGCUGCUGUCACGUGCCAUUUUUGAGGUGUCAUUCCUGUUUGGACAGUAUGUCCUUUAUGGACUGGAGGUGUCGCCGUCUUAUGUGUGCACGCGUGCUCCUUGCCCACACACGGUGGAUUGCUUCGUCUCACGUCCCACAGAGAAAACAAUUUUCCUGCUGGCCAUGUAUGCUGUCAGUGCCUUGUGUCUGCUCUUCACUGUGCUCGAGAUCGUUCACCUUGGCAUCAGCGGUAUUCGUGACUGCUUUUGUGCUCCCCGGUCCCAACCUCCCACCCCUCGUCACUCUGCACUGGCCAGCCAGAGAUCCUCCAUCUGCCGUCAACCCUCCGCGCCACCAGGCUACCAUACAGCCCUGAAGAAGGACCCCUCGGGGAAAAUGGGCUUCAGGGAUAACCUGGCAGACUCCGGCCGCGAGUCGUUCGGGGAUGAGGCUUCUUCAAGAGAGCUGGAGAGGCUGCGUAGACACCUGAAGCUGGCCCAGCAACAUCUCGACCUGGCUUACCAGAACGAGGAGCUCAGCCCGUCUCGCAGCAGCAGCCCGGAAUCUAACGGCACCGCAGUUGAGCAGAACAGACUCAACUUUGCCCAGGAGAAGCAGAGCAGCACGUGUGGUAAAGGUAUGCGUGCCUAGGUGUCAUCAGCUCAGUUGACACUGAAACUGGAAUUGACAUCUGGAGCAGUGAAUGGACACAAGGGAAACAAACUGGAAGUGUGUGAUCAGGUGUGAAUGAGAUGGGAGCAAUUUGCUUGAGGUGAAUGAAGUCAGCCCAAGCAUCUCAGUGUUAAGGUGGGAGGAGGAGAAAAGUGACAUUACUUGAGGCAUCAGUCCGUCUGAAGAUCCAAAGUGCUUUAACAUGUUCUUCUCCCUCAGGGCAGCUUCUUUUCUUUUAUUCUUUUUUUUUUAUUUGAUUAAAUCUUUGUUAUGAGACUUAGAGCUUAGAGUCAGAAUUUAAGAGUUGCAAUGCUUGGAUGUUCAGUCGGUGCAUCUGAAGUCAGCUUUAGAACUGGAAUCCCAUAUGUUGUGCAUUUGGCAAAGCCAGCUGUUUUUUUUCAGGAACGUGUGUCGUGUGUGAAGAGUGAGUGAGUGCUUGCUAAAGAACGGUACCGGAGAAAACGCUGAUGCAGAUUCUUGUCAUCAUACACAGGCUAUCAAGUGCGGUUCGCUUUUUAUACUGUAUGGUGCCAGCUAUGGUAACUUGAACACUCAAUGUGUCUGUCCAAAGGUAGAAACAAACCUGGGUAAUGCUUGAAAAACAUGUAACUCUUUAAUAUUGUUGUUCUCAAAGUGUUUUGAUACGUUUUUUCUAUCCGUUCAUUUUAAAUAUUGUCUUUUGUAUUACAUUGUUAUAAAUCACUGCUGUCUUAGUUCCCCGCUGCCUGAUUCACUCUGUGGAACUGGCACAGUUUGAAAAAUGUUUUUGGUACAAAGUGCAACUUGUUCCCUAUUUUGAAAGAAUUCGGUACACUUGUCUUCUCAACACUCAUUUGUGUAUUUGUGUUGUUUUAAGGAAAAAGGGAUAACUGUCAUUCAAUCAAUGUUUUAUGGACUUCUGUUGUUCAAGUGAAUGACUUGUAAACCACACAAUCACAUCAAUGUGAAUCCAAUGCCUUUAUUGUGUUCUGCAGCUGCCAUCGUUUCUGUUUGAAGUAUAUCCACUAUGCCAUUCGUGCCGACUCCAAUACUGUCAUCUCAAGUUAUUUUCGAACAAUGCUUUUUGUAAUUUUUUAUACUUUUUGUAAUGAUAUAGUUUUUGUGCUUAGUUUUUCAAAUAAAAUUUCUAC